CCUUCUUCUUUCUCUCCUCCGUUUUCAAACACACACUUCAACACUCGCUUCCUUCUUCAUUUUUCAACCGUGGAUGUAAUCAAUGGCGCGCUCAGUUCCGAUUCUCAACCGCGACACCUCCCACUUGCUCUUCACCUCCACCCCUCCUCCUCCCCACUCCCCCUUCCACUCUCUCUCCUCUCUCCGCCUCCCCAAGCCACCUCUCCUCCUCCCUCCUUCUCUCUCAACCUCCUCCUCUUCUUCCUCUUCUUCUUCUUCUUCAUGUGUCACGCGCGUCACGACCGUUCCGGUAGAGUAUGCGCCGCCGGCUCCGGAAUUCGAGUUCCACCGCGAGCUCUCGCGCCUCAAGUCUCUCCGCUCCCGCCUCGCCGCCGCGGAUUCCCUACGCGCCAAGGCCAGAGUGAUCGACGGAGAUUCCAGAGUGAGGAGAUUCUUCAGCUCCAGCAACAACCGCGUCGUCUCUGCGGUUUUGGCGGAGCUGGAUUUGAGUCCCGGCGAGCUGUACUUGUUCAAGUGCCUCGUCGCCGCCGGCCAGGAGCACGUGCUCGGCUGGGGGUAUGAGUUCGCGGGCGAGAGCGAGGCGGCGGAGUCGGCCAGGAGCUCGGUGAAGGCCGCGUUUUAUGCGAUUGUUGAAAUGAUUGAGAAAUUGGAUGUGAGUAGUGACGGUUCGGGGAGGAAGAAGAAGAUUCGGUUUGCUUUGAAUGAUGAGGAUUUUGAGGACUUGAAGAAGCUGCUGAAGAUUUUGGGAGAGGUUGAACAGUUCUAUAACUGCAUUGGAGGAGUGAUUGGAUAUCAGGUAACAGUAAUGGAGCUUCUAGCGCAAUCGAGAGUUGAAAUGCAGACUACAAGCUGGUCUAACAACAUACAAGAGCAGAUGGAAUGCCAGUUUUUGGAGAUUCAUGCUCCUAGUGGACUUGAUCUUUCCGAAAAUGCAGAAUAUGCAGCACAAGCUGCUCUAUGGGGAAUUCAGGGUUUGCCAGACCUAGGUGAAAUUUAUCCUUUGGGAGGCGCUGCAGACAGGCUUGGUUUGGUUGAUCCUGAUACAGGUGAAUGUCUCCCAGCUGCAAUGCUUCCUUAUUGUGGGCGGACUUUAUUGGAAGGUCUUAUAAGAGAUCUUCAGGCUAGAGAGUUUUUAUACUUCAAGAUUUAUGGGAAGCAGUGUGUCACUCCUGUUGCAAUCAUGACUAGCGCUGCAAAGAACAACCAUGAACACAUAACUUCUCUUUGUGAAAAACAUGAAUGGUUUAAAAGAGGUCGAUCAAGUUUCCAACUUUUCGAACAGCCCCUUGUUCCAGCUGUUAGUGCAGAGGACGGGCAAUGGAUAAUGAAGAAACCUUUUGCUCCCAUUUGCAAGCCUGGUGGUCAUGGUGUAAUAUGGAAGCUUGCUUAUGAUAAAGGCAUUUUCCAAUGGUUUUAUGAUCAUGGACGAAAAGGUGCAACUGUGCGACAAGUUAGCAAUGUUGUGGCUGCUACAGAUUUGACUCUCUUGGCGCUAGCAGGGAUUGGUUUACACCAUGGGAAGAAACUGGGGUUUGCUUCCUGUAAGAGGAACUCGGGGGCUACAGAAGGAGUCAAUGUUCUAAUGGAGAAGAAAAAUCUGGAUGGAAGGUGGGCAUAUGGCUUGUCUUGCAUUGAAUACACAGAGUUUGAUAAAUAUGGGAUAGCAGACGGACCUCAUUCUCGUAAUAGUUUGCAGGCAGAGUUCCCUGCCAAUACAAACAUUUUGUAUGUAGACUUAGCUUCCGCGGAGUUGGUGGGUUCAAGUAAGAAUACAGACAGCUUACCUGGCAUGGUGUUAAAUGUUAAAAAGGCGAUAUCGUUUGUAGACAAUUUCGGAAAUCCACACAGUGUUCCUGGUGGCAGGCUUGAAUGCACAAUGCAAAAUAUUGCCGACAACUUUCUUAAUACAUGUCCCUCUAGAGAUUAUAAAGGCGUUGAAGAUAAGCUUGAUACCUUUAUUGUUUUUAAUAAAAGAAGACGGGUUACAUCAUCUACUAAGAGGAAAAGAAGGCAUGCAGACAAAUCUUUACACCAAACUCCGGAAGGUUCGCUGUUGGAUAUCUUAAGAAAUGCUCAUGAUCUUUUGUCUCAUUGUGAUAUUGACCUUCCUGAGAUUGAAAGUAAUGACAAGUAUCUAUAUUCUGGGCCACCAUUUCUUAUUCUUUUGCACCCUGCUCUCGGUCCACUUUGGGAGGUCACCAGACAGAAGUUCUAUGGAGGCUCAAUACGCAAGGGCUCUGAGUUACAAGUAGAGGUUGCAGAGUUCCUGUGGAGGAAUGUUCAGCUUGAUGGAAGCCUGAUCAUAGAGGCUGAUAAUGUUAUGGGCUCAAGUAGGGUUGAUGAAGAUGGUGAACCCAUUCUGCAAUAUGGACACAGGUGUGGAAGAUGUAGAUUACAGAAUGUAAGAGUAUCAAAUGAGGGAAUUGACUGGAAUUUUGAAGACAAUAUCUAUUGGAAGAAUGAUGUGCAGCGCAUCGAAGCAUGUAAGGUUGUACUGCAUGGAAAUGCUGAGUUUGAGGCAACUGAUGUUAUCUUAAAGGGAAAUCAUAUAUUUGAAGUUCCAAAUGGCUACAAAAUGAAGAUCAUGCCAGGAGAUUCAGGUUUAGCGAUUGGAUUAGAUCCUAUCGCAGAGAAUAUGAUGGACAGUGGAAGCUGGUAUUGGAAGUACGGGAUCAAUGACACGCAUAUUCAGUUGGAAUUGGUAGAGCUGUAAAUCUUAUGUAUACAAAUUAUUCUUACCAUUGG